CGCAUUGUGUUUUUAACUUUUGUGUAAGUUAUUGACUUUUAAAACUUAACCAUCACAGGUAGUUCGUUGCUUAUUUAUCACGAGAUUAUUGCUAUGCAUUCCAUCUUCUAUUCCUAGCAUGGCUAGCAAGCAAGGAAAGCAAUCCAUCAGACAUUAGUUAGUUAACCUAGCUAGGUUAUAGAUAAGGUUAGCUGGACAACUAACCUCUUAUUGUAAAACAGUUGGCUUAAUGUACAUGAUGUAACUGCUUAUCUAGCGAUGCUCAAUAAUUUAAAAUACUGUUUUAUUUUCCGUGUUGAGUUUAUACCAAGCAAACAAUUCUCUGAAAACCUGCUAACGUAGCUAGCUAAACUAGCUAUCUUAGAAUAACUAACCUGUGAAGCUACCUGUGCGUGUUUUAACCUAGCUAGCAGAUAGCUACGUGAGAAAUAAAAUAUAGUUGGCUAGCUAGUGCUUUAUUUACUAGUUAGGAACGUUCAUAUAUGACCAAAUAUACAAUUGAGUUAAUUAAAUUAGCUGGUUUGACAAACGCUGUUAACGGGUAGCUGGUAAUGAGGAUGUCAGUGAGCGAGCUACCAUAGCUUGCUAGCUAUGUACUUAUGUUGCAUUUGACAGGGAAUUUUAGUCUCAUCAUAUUUACUGUAGCAGUCUAACAUUGUUAGAUUUUAUCGAUGUCGUAGGUUAAUUGUAUGCCACACUUGGCAAACCAGUGCAUUCAUCCAUUCUGGAACCAGUUCACAAUGAUGUCAGAUUUGUUCUGUCAAACUAGCAAAAAGUAGUCUUGCAGAAUCAGAAAAUCUGUGUCAAAUUUGCUUUACAGAAUCGUGAAGAAGAUAUAACACGUCUAAACGAAUAAUUUUAUAUUUUACAUUUCUUUACGGACUCGCAUAGAUAUCAUGUAAUUAGCUGAGAAAGGCUGAAUUAGAUACGAACUCUUUUUGUACAUGUUUCUCAACCUUAGGUUUUCACUUUUAGGGCACUAAUAAAGAUUAAAAUAUGAUACCAUCACGUCCUAGGAUUACUUAACGAUCCGUGUAGUGUUUUAACAAACGUGUCUGUUGAUGGGAAGCUUAAUUCUAGACUUAAUGAAUGUAGUUAAGGGGUAGUACAGAUAUUAGUUAUUUGUCUGUAGCUUAAUGCUGUGUGUGGGGUACUCAUUCAUUUUCAUUCUCCUACCAAACCAAAAACUUUAGAUUGACCAGUAGAGUACUGAAAAACGGCAUGCUAUUUUCAAUUGUAUUGUCAUAAAUGUUUAAUUAGAAUGUGUGUAUUAAAUGGGUUAUUACUUAUAUUAAACAAAAUGCGUUCAAGUUGACGUUGAAAGGAUUUCUAAAACAUUUUAAGAUGUAGCAAUUAAUCUUUUAGUGACCAGGAUUUAAACACCUGUAUUUACUUUGAUGUUGCCUUAAGUAUAAGUACUUAAGUAUUUUACCUGUAUGUACAGAAGUUUCAGCCUAGGCAAAUGGCAUUUGUAACUAUAAAUCAUGGGUUACUAUUGUGUUUGUUGUUUUUGUUUUGUUUGUUGAGUUUUCCAAGCUCUUAGAUAAAAAGUGUACUUUUGGGGGCAUCAGUAGCUAUUCUCCAAGAAUCUUGCAGUGUGGCAAGGGUGGGCUGUGGCCUGGUGUGGCAGCUACUACAGCUUUCGUGGCCUGCAGGACUUGAGCCGUGUGUACAAAGAGGCUCUGUUGAAAGGUGCUUGGGUUUGGAAGAGGCCCACUUCAAGAAUGUGCAAAAUAGAAAUGCACUCGAUCACGGUUGUCUUCACUGCAUUCACAGGGCACUAAAUGGGAGAACUGAUUAUUUGUUUAAAAAAAAAUAGAUCUGUGCACUACCUCCAAAUACAAUAUAGUUUUUUCAUAUUUGCUUCAUUGCAUGCAGAAUGUCUGUGUUCCUGUUGGACUUGCCCUAAACAGUUCUUGAUUUUCUCAGUAUGCUUGUUUAUUUUAGGACUGUGGGUGAACCUGGUUGCUGGUAUCAGGUUUUGCUGGAAGUUAGAAAGUUUGUUGAAGGAGACAUUUGUGUAGUUUCAAUAUUGCCUUUGUGUCCUGACUGUGAAUGCGUUCGGCAAUGCGUUGGAGAGCAAACAUACCAUUUGGUCUAAAUCAUAGGAAAUGUGGUGUCUGUGUGUGUGUGCAUGCGUGCACAUGCAGUGUGUGGCCUGGCCUAUUGCUGGGCCUCUGUACUGGUGUACUGGCUGAUGCUGCAGACCGUCCCCUCCUAGAGGCCUGGCAGGACAUGUGGCUUUUCCGUUUCUUUCUCAACAUCCUGGGCUACGCCACCUUUAUCAUCCCUGGAUACUUUCUAAUCACCUACUUUAAGAGGAUCAACUACCUAGAGACAGGACGAGGGUUUUGUUUUCCUGCCAUAAGGUCAUGUGUGUUCGGCACUGAUUCUAAGAAUGCAGUGCUGGAUGAUGUAUCUGUGGCACCCAGAGCUGAGACCGAGUCUACUUCAUCAACACGACAAUCCAUGAAACUCAUUUUCUGUGCUGCUGGACUUCAGGGCUCAUAUCUGACAUGGGGCGUACUCCAGGAGCGGGUUAUGACGCGCUCCUACGGCGGCACCGAAGAGGAGGGCGGCGGUGGCGGAGAGCACUUCAGCGACUCGCAGUUCCUGGUGUUCAUGAACCGCAUCCUGGCCCUGACUGUGGCAGGGCUGUGCUGUGUCGUCUUCAAACAGCCACGCCAUGGCGUUCCCAUGUACAAGUACUCGUUCGCCUCCCUCUCCAACAUUCUCAGCAGCUGGUGCCAGUACGAGGCCCUCAAGUACAUCAGCUUCCCAACACAGGUUUUGGCCAAAGCCUCUAAGGUCAUCCCCGUGAUGCUGAUGGGGAAACUGAUUUCACACAAGAGCUACGAGUACUGGGAGUACUUCACAGCAGCGCUGAUCUCUGUGGGGGUCAGCAUGUUCCUCCUAUCCAGCUCCCCCAUCAAGCACCCGCCCACAGUGACCACAUUCUCUGGGCUGUUCCUCCUGGCUGGCUACAUCACCUUUGACAGCUUCACCUCCAACUGGCAGGACAACCUCUUCAUGUACAAAGUGUCGUCGGUGCAGAUGAUGUUCGGCGUGAACCUGUUCUCCUGCCUCUUCACUGUAGGCUCGUUACUGGAACAGGGUGCCUUCUUUGACUCCCUGGCGUUCAUGGUACGCCACUCGGAGUUCGCCCUGCACGCUGUGCUGCUGUCCAUCUGCUCUGCCUGCGGCCAGCUCUUCAUCUUCUACACCAUCGCUCAGUUUGGUGCCGCCGUCUUCACUAUCAUCAUGACCCUGCGCCAGGCCCUCGCUAUCCUGCUCUCCUGCUUUCUGUACGGCCACACCGUCACCAUCAUUGGUGGCCUGGGUAUUGUCUUGGUUUUCCUUGCCCUCUUCCUCCGCGUCUACGCACGUAGCCGUAUGAAGAGGAACGGUAAGCGCACCGCACCACCGCCCUUGCAGAAGGUCUAGUCAGAGGAUGCCGGAAGCAUGGGGGGGGUCACAACUUUGUGCAGGGACCACAUUUUCAGUGGUUCAGCCUGGGUUUGUUUGUCUUAUUUUUUUGGGUGUCUCGCGCAACUUUGUUUCUGCUCUUUUUAUAAAAAGAUACAGAAUGGGAUGACUCCUUUUUCUUUAAAGAAAAAAAAAAAGGAUUUAGAAUUUGCUGUCACAUGUAGAGUAAUGGGAGCAAUUGUUUGCAUAUACAGAGAGAGAGAGAGAGAGUGUGAGUGUGUGUGUUACUGAAAUCCUCCAUGGGUGGUUUUUCACCAGUGAUGGGUCAUUACUUGUUUGUGUUCGAUGACUGCUGAUACUGUCAUCUUUCUGUUGCUAAAAUAAAAGUUAAUCCCCUGCUUUAAAGUUCUUAUUUAUAGUUUUGCUUUCCCUUAAAGCCUCCAAGGCCAAUCCAGGUUGACACUCAUCACUCUGAAGAACGUUGUGGUGUUUGGCAUUAAGGGGUCAUGUUUGUUGUGUUUGUUUCUCAGGCUAAAAUACAACCUUGUCACCUAUGCUACUUAUUGGCUAAACAGCUCUUCAAUAUCAAUGAAUGGGAUUUUAUUAGGAAAUCUUGUCAGAAAUCUAGAUUUGUUUGCACUCUUUAUUUUUGGGGAGGUCUUAUUUAGGUUUUCUUUUCAUUGUAUUUUACACCAGAGGCUACCUUGGCAUUUAGGUGGAGCUGAUUGCAUUGGUUGCCCCAAGGUAGUUUUCUUGGGCUGGCUGUGGACUUGAUGCUAAGCCUUGAUCAGCCUCACAGACCAUGAGUGCCUAUUGAUAGAGAAACUGGACUUCACUUGUUAUACCAAUUUGCAGAUGGUGACCAUUGUAUAAUCAAAGCAUCCUGAAAUGUUAGCUAAAUAACUUGCUAGAAAAUUCUUUGUUGUUCAAGUGGUGUUGUAGUGUUCUUCACCACCUUAACUGCUCCGGUAUGGAAAAAUUGCAGUUUCCCUUGGAGUUGUUGGUUAAAAUAUUCUUUUGAACGGUCACAGCAUAAAUACUUGACAUGGCUGUGUGUACGUUUGCACAAGGAAUUCUUAAGUGAUCUUAUUGUAAGGAUAUUUUCUCGUAUGAAGAUCUAUUCUCCGGUUUGCUGGGGCGUUUGUGAAGAUUAUGUACAGCACGUUUGUUUCGUGGUAUAGAUAGUUUGAGGUACAUUCCAAAUGGUGCUAUAGUUCAUUAGCUUGUUUUCAGUGGGCAUUUCAUCCCACUGAGCCAACCACAGUGUAGCACCCGUGACUCGCUUACAGGGCGUAUGUGGACGCACCUUUUUGGCAGGUACCAGAGCUCAUUCACAAAUUUGCAAUUCACCUAGCUUACUUUUAUAUGUGCAUAUCAAGGCAUAUUUAAACAGAGCGCUAAAUAUGGGAAAAAAAGUGGCCUCUCAAGUGGCCUUGGAAAUGUUUUUAAAUGCAACAGUUUCCGUUUGAGGCAUCCAUUUGGAUGGCUUUAACUGGCUGAGUACGGCACAUUUCCUUUGGCGCCACAUGGUGAAUCUUGUGAUUUUUCUGAAUAGUGGUUCAAGUAAAGCAACCACAAAAUGUGGACAAAAAGUACUGCAAAAGUCAGCUUUGGUCUUGAGGCCAGGGAGAAGAAACCUAGCAUUACUUCAGGAGAAAAUCAAGUGUGAUGGAAUAUUUGAAUGUGAAUGGUUUAUUUUCCUGUUACACUCUUAACUAACAAUUGAAAAACAUUAUUUUGCUUAUAUUUAUUUUGGAAAUUUUCAUUGUUUUGGGCAAUGUACAUGAAAGUGGGGAUCUACCAACCAGUGGGUUAGCAAUCAUUCGUGCGUGCGUGCGUGCGUGCGUGCGUGCGUGCGCGCUUUAGAAAAUAAGGUUUGGUUGGAAAACGGGUCUGUUGCCUUUGAGGUAGAUCCCUGAUGAAGACUCAUGUUUGUAAUGUCUAUAAAGGUGUAUGCUUUCAGUUAUGGGUAAAACCUUUCUUUGGGGUAUUUUUAUUUGUUCAAAUGAGUAGAUGCUUUAACUAGAUGAGAAGGGUUUACACCAACCUCCAGUAGUGAAAUGGACUUACAUACUGCAAGUAUGAAUGCACCUGAUUUUUAAGUGUGAAAAACUUAUGCAAAUGAGUUUUUCAUUCACCCCUCCAUAGACAAUUCAAGAUGUUUAUAAAACCCUGUUUAUUUCAUAUGAUCAUCUGUCCUGUAUUACAAUUACUUUUAAUGAGUAAGUCCUUAAUUUACAUGAUUUCCUUUCUUUUUGGACAGAUUCAAACUUAAGGUUGCUAUGCAAAUCAAAAAAAGGGUGGGUGGGUGUUUAAAUUGAUAUCCUGACAAACACUGGUCCGUUGACAACACACUACCAAAAUAUUUAUCUUAUGAUGAACAGACCCAGUGAUCUUCAACAUAGACAUUAAAUGGUUAUAUUUGUAUCAUGUCUCAGUAAAUGUCUGGUACGUGUUUCUGUGUGAGUUCAAUGCUGUACCGCUCUCUAGGAGAGGUUCUGUAUUAAAUCCCAUGUUGCCUGGUGUGAAUGUGUCUUGGACUCUGAAACUUGUUACUGGAUUUUUGUUUGGAAGAAUGUGAACAACGUGCCGAGGACAUGAGGAAAUGCAAUCCAGCUAAUGUAUUCUGUUUUUACUCUUUUUGAAAAGGAUGUAUUAAUUAUGUUAGGCAAAUUAAAUUAAUUUGAUUAUUUGA